GUCCGUCAUGCUAUCAGUCUCCUAAGCGUGCCUAGAUCUCUGCUUCUGACAAACUUUCUUCGCUUUCAGGGGCUUCAACUGGGCCUAUAACGUGAAAGUCAUCGUGGAACUUUAGAACAUUGGUGUAAGUAAUUUGCGUUCAUUCAACGAACGAAAAUAUGCGGUGAGCCACAGGAACAAUCUCAAAUCUCGCUACCCGAAGCCUUCCCCCUAUCCGUGUAAGCGAGCCCACCAUACCGAACACUCCCUGCCCUGCCCCUCGCACGUGUUACACCAAGGCAACAUAAUCGAAGGUCCUCGAACCUGCAAGGCUCUGGGUUGGACAAACAAAAGCAAAAAAGGCGGCAAGCAUCAGGCACUCGGUCCUAUGCAUAGACCCUUCUCCACACACCACCAACCACAUGCAGCCCCGAAACCGCCACUCGCACCAACAAUACAAUACCUACAAAUACCUCCUCUCCCCUCCACCUCUCCCUUCCUCUUGCUCUCUCUCCUUCCUCAGCUCCUUCACUCUGCCCGAUCUCAUAACCCUCACAAAACAGAGAGAGAAAACGAAAACCAUGGCAUCACAAGACGAAAUCCUCCUCGCAGCAAUCCUCAAACAAGUCACGGUGACGAAAAUCAACUACGAACAGCUCGCCAAGGACAUCGGAGCCGUGAGCGCGGGCGCGGCGUCGAAGCGCUGGCGGAGGUAUCAGGGGCGGUUGAAGGGGGCGGUUGGGAGUAA